AUGGCGACACCGCCCAUUUCAUACACAAGGUUGAAGCAAAUCGCAAAUGAUGCAUGUCAGAAUGCCCUUGGAAGUGCAGACUUCUAUGAACAUACCAAGACGGAAUCUUGGAACACUACAAUCAUUAACUCGAUCCUCAAAUCCCUAAUUUCGGAAUCGACUCCUUCAUCCGGUGGUUCCCCCUCCUUUAAAUACGCAGUCAACAGCACCAUCAUCCAACAUCUCGUUCCCACCUCCUCGCUCAACAAAUCGAAAGCCGUACCCCCGACUUCUUCGGCUGAGACGGAGGAAAAAGACGAUGCCAAAAUAACAACGAGUGAUGCGAAGGGAGACGCGAAGAGUACAGAGGGGAAACCUCAUGUGGGAAGGAGGGGAAUGCAUAGUGCGACGGGUGCUUAUUGGAAUGAAAAGACGGAUGGCAUGUGGAGUUUUAAAUAUGAGGGGGGUGAGGGGAAGGGGUUGGAUGUGGUGAUUAGUGUUAUUUGGAUUGCGUUGUAA